UCAGUUGGUCAGUGUCAGCUGAUCAGGAACUGCGAGGGCCUCUGUUUACAACCGCUCUCUCUCUCGUCAUCGUCUACAUCAAAAUAUUCCUGGACCGCCGUGUGUGUGUGUGUGUGUGUUUGUGGUGUGUGACUGACGACAGCCUGAACAUCAACAACCAUGUGACCACUUCACAGUACAGUAGAACAUUUACACAUAACGGAGCAUGCAACAGCCCUCUACGAAGAUUGCAAAUGGUGUGGGUGUUUAUCAUGAACCGAAUGAACUCGCAGAGCAGUUCCUUUCCCCAGCGAAGACGUAUGGUUCUUGGAAUUAUUAUUUUGUUGAUUGUUGAUAUCAUCUGGGUUGCGUCCUCUGAGUUUACUUCGUAUAUAUUUGAAGAGUAUGAUAAGCCCUUCUUUAGCACUUUUGCCAAAACGUCUAUGUUUCUGCUUUACCUCCUGGGGUUCCUUGUUUGGAGGCCGUGGCGGCAGCAGUGUACUUAUGGAAGACAUGUUGCACUGUUUGCAGAUGCUGAAAGUUAUCUUGCUACCUGCACUGCAGACACUAGUAUAAAUGAUUCCUUGAGUGAACCACUGUAUAUCCCAGUGAAAUUUCAUGAUUCACCCAAUGAAAAAGCGAAUAGUGUUCACAGUGACCAUGACAUGGCUCCGAAAAAAACUCGUGUUCGAUUCAGCAAUAUUAUGGAGGUACGACAACUUCCUGCCCACCACGCACUUGAAGCAAAACUCUCUCGAAUGUCCUAUCCAGCAGCAAAGGACCAUGAAGCUGUGCUGAAAUCUGUUGGCAAGCUAACAGUAACACAAGUAGCAAAAAUCAGCUUUUUCUUCUGCUUUGUGUGGUUUGUGGCAAACUUCUCCUAUCAGGAAGCACUAUCUGAUACCCAAGUGGCUAUUGUUAACAUCCUGUCGUCUACAUCUGGUCUCUUUACAUUAAUUCUAGCUGCAAUGUUUCCUAGCAAUAGUGGAGACAGAUUCACACUGUCCAAAUUAUUGGCAGUAAUACUAAGUAUCGGUGGUAUUGCUCUUGUUAGUUUGUCCAGUAAAGAUACCAAGGGAAAAGGUACAAUAGGCUCAUUGUGGUCUUUAACAGGAGCAGUGCUAUAUGCCGUCUACAUUGUCAUGAUUAAGAGAAAGGUAGACCGAGAAGACAAGCUUGACAUCCCCAUGUUUUUUGGGUUUGUGGGAUUGUUUAAUCUCCUGCUGCUGUGGCCUGGGUUUUUCUUGCUUCAUUACACAGGAUUUGAGGCCUUCGAAUUCCCAAGCAAAACCAUUUGGAUGUACCUCCUUAUUAAUGGCCUUAUAGGAACAGUCCUGUCUGAAUUUCUCUGGUUGUGGGGCUGUUUUCUUACUUCAUCACUGAUAGGUACAUUGGCAUUGAGUCUUACAAUACCUCUCUCGAUGAUAGCAGAUAUCUGCAUGAACAAGGUGAAGUUUUCUUGGUUACUCUUUGCAGGAUCGGUUCCAGUCUUUCUCUCAUUUUUCAUUGCAAGUCUUUUAUGCCACUAUAAUAACUGGGAUCCAGUUAUGGUUGGCCUAAGACGGAUAUUUGCAUUCUUAUGUAGAAAGCAUCGGAUUCAGAGAAUUCCAGAAGACAAUGAGCAGUGUGAAAGCCUGAUACCCAUGCAUGGUGUUUCUCAGGACGAAGGAACUAACUGUUGUUCAUGAAAUACAGACUAAAGAUGAAACAGCAAAGUAUUUCGCGUUGACAAUCUCCUUCGGGAAGUUCUGUCGAACCCUUACUCUUUUAGUGCCUGUUCUGAUGUCCAAUACAUGGAGUUGGAGAACACUUCAGAUCCUGCAUAUAUUUGUAAACUCCACAUGCUAGACAAUCUGGGGAUCACAAAAGAAAUACGGAAAUACUGUGCAUUCGUCAAGAGUGCUAUAGAAACUCAACUUUCAAUACAACCUACCUGCCUUACUGAAUGUAUCAAAUUUCAAAACACAACUUGAAAAUGUAACACUAUUUUAUAAAUUUGAAGAUAAACUUGACUCGGUUUCUGGAUCGCUAAGCUCAAAAUGUAGGGUUUUGAUACGUGUUAAACAAUGUGAAGACUGAAGAGAUAAAAAUUACAAAGUGUUAAAUCAAUAUUUGCUGUACUGACUCCUCAGACAAAGGGAAUAUGUAAAAAUGUACAAUUGUGAAAAACAUUUUCAAUGAAAACCAGCCCAAAUCUUGCAUUGCAUAUUAACAUGAUCAGAAGGAAAACACAAAUAAAUGUUCUCGGAAAGAAAUGAAACUUAUAUCUUUGAAACACAGUUCAUAGGACUAUGUUUCUAGGUACCUGGUUAACACUAUGUAAAUAUGUGCAUACUUCAAAUCUGAUCAAUAUUUGGUAUCUUAAUUCCUUAUGUUUCAAAGUGAAUAUUGUAUAUCACUGAUCUCUAUUAAAAUGACUUUUAUGAUGAAUUGGAAAUGAAUAAGAUUUUUCUAUACACAUUUGAUACCAAGAGUUUUUGUAGCUUCAGAAGCUGUAGAGAAACACCAUUUUAAUUGUUGGUGAGCAGUUUACUGUUUUGCAUUAUUUUAAUAAGCCAGAUACAUUUCAAUAAUGUAUUUUUAUUAAGGUGCUUUUACACCUGGUUGCUUACACUACAUUUAAUGUCCAUGAAUCUCAGGAAUCCGGUAGAUAUAUUAGUCCCAUUUUCUACCAAAUUGUGUAACUACUGUUGAAAUGAAAGGCAUUUUAAAAAAAAUCCAUCGGUUCUUUUCGGUUGGAGUGCUGUAGUCAAUAACAUGGAAAAUCUGCUUUUUAUAGCCUUAAAUAAAAAUGUCAUAAUUAGAUUGUAUAUUCCAAUCAUUUGUUUAAAACACUAAUUCUUAUACUGAUGAGAUCUGGCUUGUGGAAAUCUGUCUUUAGUACAAUGUGGAUUAAAUGGUAUUUUAUAGAUCAACGCUUUAGUGUCUGACCACGAUAGUUAAACUUCCAAUCGAGUUACAAAUAUUGCCCCUCAUCUGUGGUAGUCAAAAAAAAUGUAUAGUGCUGAUGAUAGUGAGACGUUUGUAUGUAAGCAAGCUAGUGCAUUGUACCAAUUAAUAGACUAAGUCUCUAGUGUGAUAUAAAUAUUUGGAGUGAAAUUUUUUUGAUUUGUGAAUAUGAAUGUUAUUUAUUGUACAAAUCGUAUUAGUAAAGAGAUGCAUGCAAACAUUGUUUCAUCUUUGUGAAGAGUAGGGCACAAAUACUGCAACAGUAAAAGGAUUGUAAUUAGCAACAAAA